CCUGGCAGCGGGUGCGGGCCCCAUGGCUGCUGCAGGGAAACUCAGCACCUAUCGUCUCCCACCGUUGCCCACGAUUCGAGAAAUCAUUAAGUUAUUCAGACUACGAGCAUUGAAGCAGCUGUCCCAGAACUUUCUCCUGGACUUGAGACUGACAGAUAAAAUAGUAAGGAAAGCUGGCAAUCUGACAAACGCGUAUGUUUAUGAAGUGGGCCCUGGGCCGGGGGGCAUCACAAGGUCUAUUCUCAACGCCAAUGUUGCCGAGCUCCUGGUUGUUGAAAAGGACACGCGAUUCAUUCCUGGGUUACAGAUGCUUUCUGAUGCAGCACCUGGAAAACUGAGAAUUGUCCAUGGAGAUGUUUUGACAUUUAAUAUAGAAAAGACUUUUCCAGAAAGUCUUAAAAGACAGUGGGAGGAUGAUCCACCAAACAUCCAUAUUAUUGGAAACCUGCCUUUCAGCGUGUCAACUCCACUGAUCAUCAAGUGGCUUGAGAACGUCUCCCAUCGAGAUGGGCCCUUUGUUUACGGCAGAACCCAGAUGACUUUGACUUUUCAGAAGGAAGUGGCAGAGAGGCUUACAGCCAGCACAGGAAGCACACAGCGCAGUCGGCUCUCCAUCAUGGCCCAGUACCUCUGCCACGUCCAGCACGUCUUCACGAUUCCAGGGCAAGCUUUUCUCCCCAAACCAGAGGUGGACGUGGGCGUGGUGCACUUCACUCCCCUGAUACAACCCACGAUAACACAGCCGUUCAAGCUGGUGGAGAAAGUCGUCCAGAACGUGUUUCAGUUCAGAAGGAAGUACUGCUACCGAGGCCUGAGCAUGUUAUUCCCCGAAGCCCAACGCUUAGAAAGCACUGGGAAACUGCUCCAGUUGGCAGACGUGGACCCGACUCUCCGGCCCUGUCACCUCUCUCUCUUGCACUUUAAGAGACUGUGUGACGUUUACCGGAAAAUGUGUGAUGAAGACCCACACCUCUUUGCCUACAGCUUCCGAGAGGAGCUCAAGCAGAACAAAGGCAGGACUCAGAAGGAGGCAGCUCGGGAGACUCACAGCCUUUAG